AUGAAAGCGAAAGCGAAGAUAUCGCAUGUGGCCCAGGUCACGGAGCAGAAGGCGCGGAAACAGGCUGGACGAAGUGGAGGCAAGAACAUACAAAAUUCGGCUGCAUCUGCAGGCACUUCUUCUAUCUCUCUCGAUACAAAUAACAAGGGGAAGGGAAAAGCAAAAUCCACAGUCAAAAUUGCCUCAAAAUCUACCACUCGCCGACCAACUAUUCCGUUCCGAGCCACAGACAAGAUUCUGCUCAUUGGCGAGGGCAAUUUCUCAUUCGCGCGUUCUCUGAUCGAAGAUCCUCCGACGGAACUCCAAUCGUUGCCUCCCGCCAACAUAACUGCCACAGCUUUUGAUACCGAGGAGGAAUGCUACGCAAAGUACACAGAGGCGGAGGAUAUCGUCGCAAAAAUAAAGGAAAGAGGUGUUCAUGUCUUGUUUGGGGUUGACGGAACAAAAUUGGAGAAACACUCAGCGUUGAAGGGGAAAAAAUGGGAUCGGAUAGUUUGGAACUUCCCCCAUGCCGGAAAGGGCAUAACCGAUCAGGAUAGGAACAUUUUGUCUAACCAGAUGCUUAUCUUGGGUUUCUUGCGGUCGGCAGAAAAGAUGCUCACUGUAGGAGAGGCUCCAUCCUUAACAUCGGGAAAAAAGAAGAAGAGGACAGGAGAUGACGAAGAUGAAGAUGACGAUGAAGACAUGGCCGCACCUGCGGAGGAAAUAGCGCAAGAUGAUAGCGAAGAGUUUGCAUUCUUCGUACCAUCGGACGAAUCAAUACCAACGCGAGGGACAGUACUCAUCACUCUCCGCAAUGUGGUUCCGUACACGCAAUGGUACGCGGACGUUCCACGAUUAGCAAAGAAGCCACCAGCCCCAAUGGGCAGUACACCUCCAAACCCUCGCUACACUCUUCUCAGAUCGUUCCAGUUUCACAGGGAGGCAUGGAAGGGGUACGAGCAUAGAAUGACGAAAGGUGAAAGGGUCCAUGGAACUGGAAAAACGGGAGAGGGAGGAGAGGACCGAACUUGGGAGUUCUUUUUUUGA